UAUCCCAUAAAUUUCCCCUUAAAUUGUCCCAUAAAUUUCCCCUUAAAUUGUCCCAUAAAUUUCCCCUUAAAUUGUCCCAUAAAUUUCCCCAUAAAUUUCCCCAUAAAUUGUCCCAUAAAUUGCCCAUUAAAUUGUCCCAUUAAUUUCCCAUCGAAUUGUCCCAUAAAUCGCCCCUUAAAUUAUCCCAUAAAUUACCCCUUAAAUUGUUCCAUAAAUUUCCCCUUAAAUUGUGCCAUAAAUUGCCCCUUAAAUUCUCGCGUAAAUUGUCCCUUAAAUUCUCGCAUAAAUUUCCCCUUAAAUUGUCCGAUGAAUUGCCCCUUAAAUUGUCACUUAAAUUGCCACAUAAAUUGUCCCUUAAAUUGCCCCAUUAAAUUGUCUCAUAAAUUGUUUCAUAAAAUGUUAAUUAAAUUGUCGCAUAAAUUGUCCCGCAAAUUAUCCCAUAAAUUGUCACUUAAAUUGCCACAUAAAUUGUCCCAUUAA